AAAUAUUGAUAAUUUAUGGAGUACAUAAUACUAAUGUUUAAAUUUUCAUUCUGUAUAGCAAUCCAGAUAGAUGCUAAGAGCAAGCUCAUAGCUCGGUAACAAUGGCACAUCCACUUUCCUUCUCACAGUCCCCACUCCCGCUUCCCUCUUCCUCUCCUAAAUUUCUUCACCUCAACACAACCGCCUCAAUUAAGCCCACGCCCAUUUUUUCCCAUCUCAAAAAACACAGUCUUUUCACUUCCACACCCAAAAAACCCAACUCCUUCACUAUCCCAUUAAAAGCCACUCAAGAUUCAAACUCCAACAACUCCUCAUCAGAAACCCAGCAAAACCCACCACCGGAUAGUACCAAAGUCGCCACCGAUCAAGACGCCGGCGGCGAUGAGUUGUCGCCGUCGGAUGUGGGGUCGGAGAUAAAGAAGCUGAUGAAGGAGAGAGAAGAGAAGGGGACAGAUUUGUGGAGUGGAGUGGCGGAGGAGAUAAGGGAAAUUGAAUGGCCAGCUUUUGGUAAGGUGUUGAGUACUACUGGGGUUGUGAUUGGAGUCAUUGCUGGGUCCAGUGUCGUUUUGCUUACUGUUAAUGCCGUUUUGGCCGAACUUUCUGAUAGAGUUUUUGCUGGAAAAGGUGUUCAAGAUUUCUUUGGUUGAUUUUUUAUUAAGAUAAGGCUUCUUUGAAAGAUCUUCUUCUUUUUGUGUUUUAGUUCCUUUUUUCCUUGGAAUAAUUUUGAACAAUUCUUUUCCCUUUUAUUGUUGCAAAAUUCCAGUAUAUGAUGGCUCAAAGUCAAGUUUAAAAGUUUAUGAAGAAA